GCGGCGGCGGCCGCCGAGAUGAAGCUGAGCCGGCAGUUCACGGUGUUCGGCAGCGCGAUCUUCUGCGUGGUGAUCUUCUCCCUCUACCUGAUGCUGGACCGGGGCCACUUCGACCACCCGAAGAGCCCGCGGCGGGAGGGCACCUUCCCCAAGGGCCAGCUUUCAAUAUUACAAGAAAAAAUAGACCAUUUAGAACGCUUGUUGGCAGAAAAUAAUGAGAUUAUUUCAAACAUACGGGAUUCUGUGAUUAAUCUGAGUGAAUCGGUAAAGGAUGGUCAAAGAAAUCCUGAGGCUAUAAACUUCAGUCAAGGAUCUCUCUCUGAGCUCCUUCCUUCUGCUUCAGUUUCACUUGCAGUUGAUUCUGAGGAUUGUUUAUUUGCUUCGAAAAGUAGAAAUCAAGUUUCAGGAGUACAGAUGUUGGAUGUCUAUGACAUUCUUCCUUUCGAUAAUCCAGAUGGUGGUGUUUGGAAACAAGGAUUUGAUAUCACAUACAAUGAAAAUGAAUGGGACAGUGAACCGCUUCAAGUUUUUGUUGUACCUCACUCUCAUAAUGACCCAGGUUGGCUGAAGACUUUUGAGGACUACUUCAGAGAUCAGACACAGCAUAUCUUAAAUAACAUGGUUAUAAAACUACAAGAAGACAACCGAAGAAAAUUUUUGUGGUCUGAGAUUUCUUACUUUUCAAAAUGGUGGGAUGGAAUAGAUAGCCAAAAAAAGGAUGCUGUUAAAAGGUUAAUAAAAGAUGGUCAAUUUGAAAUAGUAACAGGAGGAUGGGUUAUGCCUGAUGAAGCCUCUUCUCACUACUUUGCUUUAAUUGACCAACUGAUAGAAGGACAUCAGUGGCUAGAAAGGAAUCUAGGAGUAAAACCAAAGUCUGGCUGGGCCAUUGAUCCCUUUGGGCAUUCCCCGACAAUGGCUUACCUUUUGAAACGCACAGGAUUUUCCAACAUGCUUAUACAGAGAGUUCACUACUCAGUUAAAAAACACUUUGCAACUCAGAAGACACUAGAAUUUUUUUGGAGACAGAACUGGGAUUUGGGAUCCAGUACAGAUAUCCUUUGUCAUAUGAUGCCUUUCUAUAGCUAUGAUGUUCCUCAUACUUGUGGUCCAGAUCCAAAAAUCUGUUGCCAAUUUGAUUUUAAACGUCUUCCUGGAGGAAGAGUAAGUUGUCCAUGGAGAAUUCCGCCAGAGGCCAUUCAUGCUGGGAAUGUUCAACACAGGGCUUGGAUGAUUUUGGAUCAAUACAGAAAGAAGUCGAAGCUUUUCCGUACUAAAGUUCUAUUGGCUCCUCUAGGGGAUGAUUUCCGCUAUACUGAGAGCUCAGAAUGGGAUCAACAGUACCAGAAUUAUCAGAAGCUGUUUGAUUAUAUGAACUCUCAUCCUGAGUUUCAUGUUAAGGCUCAGUUUGGAACGUUAUCAGACUACUUUGAAGCUUUGCGCAAAGAAAGCAAUUUGGGUGAAAAGAAUAGCAAUUCAUUUUUCCCUGUUUUAAGUGGAGACUUUUUCACAUAUGCAGACAGAGAUCAUCAUUACUGGAGUGGAUACUUUACAUCACGACCAUUCUAUAAGCGACUAGAUAGGGUUCUGGAAUCUUAUCUGAGGGCAGCUGAGAUCCUCUACUCCUUGGCUUUGGUACAGUCCAAUAAAUUUGACAAGAUGAGCCUGUUUCCUUCAGUGGAUCACUAUAAAUUGCUGACAGAGGCUAGGAGGAACCUUGGACUCUUUCAGCAUCAUGAUGCCAUUACAGGGACGUCUAAAGAUUGGGUAGUUGUGGAUUAUGGCACAAGGCUUUUCCAUUCUUUAAUGAACUUGAAGAAUGUGAUAAUUGACUGUGUUCAUAUUCUUAUCCUAAAGGAUAAAGAUACUUAUAAUUACGAUGCAUCAACUCCGUUCCUUAAGAUGGAUGAUAUUCAGUCCUCACAAGAGUCUCUGCCACUCAAGAUGGUUAUAAAGCUCACUUCACAACCGAGGUACCUUCUCAUAUAUAAUCCUGUGGAACAAGAGCGAUUUUCAGUGGUUUCAGUCAAUGUGAAUUCACCCAGAGUUACGUUGUUAUCUCCUUUGGGAAAACCUGUUACUGUCCAGAUUAGUGGUGUUUGGGAUGGAUCAACUACAGUAUCACAUGAAGCGUAUCAGAUCUCUUUCUUGGCACAUCUACCACCUUUGGGGCUUGCAGUUUACCAGCUUCUGGAGGUUCAGAGUUCAGAAACAGAUUUAACUGGUUAUACUAUAUAUACAAGUGGAAGGAAUAAUAUGCAGGUGAAGCCAGACAGGAUUUUCAAGAUAAAAGAGAUGCAGAAUUCUGUGGAUAAUAUAAUUUUAGAGAACUCCUAUAUGAAACUGUGGUUCUCUGGAAUGUCUGGACUACUGGAGAAAAUAAAUACAAAAGAAGACGGUAAAAACCAUCAAAUGAAGGUGGAGUUUGCAUGGUAUGGAACUACAAGUAACCGGGAUAAGAGCGGCGCUUAUCUCUUCUUGCCUGAUGGAGAUGCCAAGCCUUAUAUUUUUACAGAUCCACCUACCGUAAGAGUUGCUCAUGGAAGGAUUUUCUCAGAAGUUGUAUGUUUUUUUCCUCAUGUGACUCAUACCAUGCGACUCUAUAAAGUCCAGGGUUUGGAAGGCCAGUCUCUCGAGGUUUCCAAUAUUGUGGAUAUUAGAGGAGAAUAUAAUCGUGAGCUUGCAAUGAGAAUUUCAUCUGACAUAAACAGCCAAAAUAGAUUCUAUACUGAUCUUAAUGGAUAUCAGAUUCAGCCCAGACUGACGAUGAGCAAAUUGCCCCUUCAAGCAAAUAUCUAUCCUAUGACUACGAUGGCUUAUAUCCAAGAUGCUGGCUUUCGUUUAACACUUCAUUCAGCUCAGUCUCUAGGUGUUGCAAGCUUGAAAAAUGGUCAGUUGGAAGUAAUCAUGGAUCGUCGACUUAUGCAGGAUGACAACCGUGGCCUUGGACAAGGUGUUCAAGAUAACAAGAUUACAGCUAAUGUCUUCCGACUUCUUCUGGAAAGAAGACACGGAACAGAUUUGAAUGAAGAGAAGUCCUCAGUCAGUUUUCCAUCACUCCUUAGCCAUCUAACUUCUGCUUUCAUAAAUCAUCCUGUAAUUCCAAUGACAAUUUAUGCGGAUUCAGGUGUCCCUGAGAUGUUAAAUACUUUUUCUCCACUCAUGUCAUCUAUGCCUUGUGACAUGCAUAUAGUAAAUCUGAGGACAAUCCAAUCAAAGGCAGAUUUUGAGCCAUCUGAUGAAGCUGCUCUGAUCCUUCACAGGAAGGGAUUUGAUUGUAGAUUUUCAAACAGAGAUGUGGGUCUAUUCUGUUCUACUACUCAGGGAAAGAUAAAGGUGCAUAAACUCUUUAACAAAUUCAGCGUGGAAAGUCUUACACCCACAUCUUUAUCUUUGAUGCAUUCACCUCCAGAUGCCAGAAAUAUAAGUGAAAUAAAUAUGAGUUCUAUGGAGAUAAAUACGUUCCGGAUUCGGCUAAGAUGAAAUCAGCUGAAUACUCAGCUAUAGAAGAGGAAUCUGCAAUUUUAUCUCCUCCAAGUUUCACGUGCAAUAAGAAGCACAUUAUUAUUAUUCCAGCUUCUGGAUACUGUGAGAAAAAACAUACAUUCUAUAGUUUUUUGACCAACACAAUGAAAAGCCAUGUUGCAAGCAACAUUUUUUUUUUCAUGAAAUACCAACAUCAGUAUAAGUUAAUGCAACAAGUGAAGAAAUUUCAAAGGAUGUUAACCUCUCAACAGAUCUCAGGUUAAAUGCUAACUAAUAGUGUAUCUAGUGUUCUUAUUUUAGCUUUCAUAGGGAAGGAGGUGGAUUUUAAACAGUCUGUUUUGCUGAUCCUUCAUGAAUUUAUGUACAAAUAAUUCUGUGUAGAAAUCCCUGAUGCAGCUUGGAAUUAAAAAGGAAUAAAAUGUUCUUGGGUAGUAGCUAAUGUCCAAAUAUUUGCAAUCAUUUGUAUAAAUGACAAUAAUUUCAUUUUAUUCCACAAUUAAUUUCAAUUUAUUCAAUAGAAAAAAGGUUUUUAAAUUGUGGUAGAAUGAAAGUUAGCGGUCUUUGUGAUAAGUGAUGGUAGAUUUUAAUGCUUCUACCAUUUGCUUGAGCUAUGUAAUUAGGAAAACAUGAAUCUGCAAAACAAUUUUGCAUUGAAAAUCUUUAAUAAAACUCCCAUUUUGUUACUUGACAUUCUGGGAUAUGUGCAAUUAUUCCAUUAUCAUAUAUGAUGAGAAAUGUCAGUAAUUGUCAUGAAUACAAGAUAUUUUACAAAACUCAUUUGGAUAUUGAUGCUCUCUGAAAUGAGUUUUCUAUUUCAAGAUUACCAUAUCAAGAUAAAUGUGCCUUAUUUUUUGAUACGUCUUGUUACAAUUUUGGUGUCUACGUUAAUGUUUUUGGGGAAGGGUAGUUUAUAUAACGCUUAAACUGUGUAUCUCCUAUUUGACAAUGCUGGCCACACUCUGAUCUACGUCCUCCUGCACCAAGUUUGUGCUAUCUUACUCUGAACAUUUUGACUAUUUGAAUGUAUUAAAAUGAUGUCAUAUCACAAAAUAAAACAAAUCAAGAAUUACUGUAAAAUCUAAAUUCAGCUGCUUUCAAGGAAAUUGCAACUUGAUGCAGAGAUUUGAUAGUAAGACAUAGUUUGCAAUCCCAUCAUGAGUUGUGCUUGCGUGUCACAGAUUGUAGUGACCUGUGCAUUCAGAAUCAUGUGCCUAUAUUUUAAACAUCAUUUCUCAAACUUGCAACCUCACUUAACAUCACCAGUGUUCACAUUACUGAAGAGUAGAUUCUUAUUCUUUUUGCUUUGUUUUCAUGUAUUAACUAACUCAUGUUUAGUGCCGAAGCCAUUUGUGUGGAAAAUAUUUCCCUACAUAGAACUGCUGUUUACAGUUAAAACGUAUAAACAUGCAUUUGAACGUGAUCCGCUUUACUGAGCUUUCUUUGUCUUCAUACCUCUUAUUUCUAUCUCUUGCUAAAAGGAAAGAUUUUUCCAUAUGUCACUUUUUCUUUAAUAAUAAUGCAUGAAAAGUCAAUUGGUAAAAAGAUGUGCUAUUUUCUAACUCUUCAUACUGUCCACUGUACUUGAUUUGAUCAAUAUCAUUCCAUGGUGUAUCAAAUUAUAUCUUGUAGCUACAGGCAAUCUUAAAAUGAAAGUAAAAUUUUAAUUUCAUGCAUUGGCAUGGCUGGAUCUCUGUCAGGAUUGCAUAGAUUUCCCUACUUAAUCUACUGUAUGUUUUGUAAUUAAUGGAAUAUUUAGCAGGAUCUGGUGCAAGUUAUCUCAAGAACAUGAGAACCACUAACCACUAAAUGGAAGAAUCAGAUGGAUCCAAUAAAUGGAUGUUUUCAUGCAAUAAACAUGUACUGUAAGUUUUCUUAGUUAUAGUAUUUGAAAAUAUAAUUCUUUGUUGGAACUUACAGCUUGGUAGACUUGCCAGCAGAAGGUUCUAAUAACAUUUAUUUUGUUGCAUCUUAAGAAUUCAGAGACUUGUGUUCUGUGCAAGAGAGCUUUCAGAAUUCUAUUUUAAGUUUUGUUAAAUGGAGAAGUAAAAUUUUGAUGCAAUAAAGUUUUAAAGUAUUUUGCCUGUUGGAUUUGCUUCCAAAAGACGUUUCAUAGCAUUGUAUCUUUUUGGUUUAUCAUCAGCUGUACAAUCGCGAUGCCUGAAUCUUCCUUAACCAGCACAUUUAGUCUUUGUUUCUGUUUUUUCUUGAGGGGAAGGGGAAUUUUUUGUUGUUGUUGUUUCUUUUUUUGUUAAUGCAACAACAGAACAACCUUCAAUUUGAGGUCCUUUCCUAAAACCUUCAACUAAGUUAAAACUCCAAAGUCUGAUAGGAGAUUUUACCAUAAUUGGUUCAGGAUGUGGCCGUUGAUGCUUUUCAACAGCUCUUAUGAAUUCUUUCUCUGUACUUACAUUAGAGAUUUCAAGUUCUUGUUUUUCUGUGCAUUUGUCAUCUAAUUUCAUCAUAUUUACUUUUUUUUCUAUUUUUAUAGCUGCUGUUUUUUUAACUACUGGUUAAGAGAACCAAGCAUCCUUACUUUCAACCAAUAUUGUUUUAAAGACAAUGCUGUAUAAGAAAAAGUUUAAAACCUUGUAAUUACUCUUCAUAUCAGAGUUGUACCUGUAUUGAGAUUUUUUUACAUCCCUUAAUCUGAAAUGUCUUUGUUUUUACUUCCUCAUAUUGUCUCUGAAAAAAAAAAAUGAUUU